ACAGAAAAGAAAGGGAGGGGAAAAAGGAGAGCUGGAAUCACAUGGACUUGUCUUUCUCUUGCUGGGUCCUCCAUUUUCUUCUCUUCCUUCACACUUUCUCUCUCACCAUUUUCUUCUUCUUCUUCUUCUUCUUCUCUCUUUCUUAGAUUCCUCCUCUUUUCUCUCCCCUCUGCCAUGGCUGAGGAUAAGGAGAUGUCUACUUCUGUCAUCAAUGGCAAUGAUUCCCUCACUGGUCACAUCAUAUCUACAACAAUUGGAGGCAAAAAUGGGGAGCCCAAACAGACUAUCAGUUACAUGGCAGAACGGGUUGUAGGAACUGGAUCAUUUGGAAUUGUUUUCCAGGCAAAAUGCUUGGAAACUGGGGAGGCAGUGGCCAUUAAAAAGGUUUUACAAGACAGAAGAUAUAAGAAUCGUGAACUGCAGUUAAUGCGUGUGAUGGAUCAUCCAAAUGUGAUCUCUCUGAAGCAUUGUUUCCUUUCCACUACUAGUACAGAUGAACUUUUUCUUAAUUUGGUGAUGGAAUAUGUUCCAGAGUCUAUGUAUAGAGUCUUAAAGCACUAUAGCAAUGCUAAUCAAAGAAUGCCAAUCAUCUAUGUAAAACUUUAUAUGUACCAGAUUUUCAGGGGCUUGGCUUACAUCCACACUGUUCCCAAAGUUUGCCACAGAGAUUUGAAGCCUCAAAAUAUACUGGUGGAUCCUCUUACCCACCAAGUGAAGCUCUGCGAUUUUGGAAGUGCGAAAGUUCUAGUCAAAGGUGAAGCUAAUAUAUCAUACAUAUGUUCACGAUUCUAUCGAGCGCCAGAACUUAUAUUUGGUGCCACAGAGUAUACAACUUCAAUUGAUAUUUGGUCAGCCGGUUGUGUCCUUGCCGAACUUCUUUUGGGCCAGCCAUUAUUCCCUGGUGAAAAUGCAGUAGACCAGCUUGUACAUAUUAUAAAGGUGCUUGGCACACCCACUCGAGAGGAAGUACGUUGUAUGAAUCCCAAUUAUAAUGACUUCAGGUUUCCACAAAUAAAAGCGCACCCAUGGCACAAGAUAUUCCACAAAAAGAUGCCUCCAGAGGCUAUUGAUCUUGCAUCUCGGCUCUUGCAAUACUCCCCAAGUCUCCGGUGCUCUGCGCUUGAAGCAUGUGCACAUCCUUUCUUUGAUGAACUCCGAGAACCCAAUGCUCGCCUGCCAAAUGGUCGUCCAUUUCCCCUUCUAUUUAACUUCAAACAGGAAUUAUCCGGAGCAUCUCCAGAGCUUGUUACUAAGUUGAUACCUGACCACAUGAAGCGGCAAAUAGGGUCACAAUUUGUUCAUCUGGCAGGAUCAUAAUGAUAAGCUUAGGAAGGCAUAGUGUAUACUAGUUGAUAAGUUAAAACAAAAGUAGCACCGUUAUUUUUGUCUAAAUUACCAUGUUCUGUGGCCUGGCCAGUGUAGUUUGAAGCUAAACCUGGACUGAGACUUGAGAUUCUGGAUGGCUGCAGUUGAUCCAUCAGUAUAUGUUUACCAUAUGAUUCUCUGUUGCUUCUACUGGUGGGUCUUUAUUUCCCCAGGCAAAUAUUAGCCUUUUUCCAUCCAUGUUUAUUGCAAACUUCUACAUGUCAUAUAGUCACUAUACUUGGCCUGCAAUGGUCAGAACUCACAAUGCUUCUGUAAAGGGAAAACUAAACCCUUAGCUGGAAGGAGGAUCCAGGAUGGGUCUUGUGAGUUUUGAUGGUGGGCUAUGUUGGUUGUUGGGUUUUGUUUCCUCACGUCACCAUGUUAAUAUGUGCAUGAUUUGCAAUGUCGCAGACCCGUUUUUUUUCCUUGUUUAAUGUAAUGCGCUAUCUACCUGUUUUCUUUAAUGCUACUUUCUAAUGUUUCACAU